UAAUAAUAAUAAUUUUUUUAAAAGAUGGUGAGAGCUACAGAUUAGACAAGGAUAAAGCAAAGGGUCUUCACUCUCUCACCCCAAAGGCCUUUUCCUCACUGCUGAAUUCCCACAUCUUGGAAUGCACAGUACUUGCAUUUAUGCGUAUUUUUAAAAAUGUGUGAAACCCUGUAAAUCCAUAAAAUCCAUAUCAACGUGUUUUCUUGUGCAUUUGGCUACAUCCUAUGAGGGGGUGGAAAAAUUAGUUUGCGGGUCCAUCGCUUCGACCCUCUCUGGUUCAUCCCUGAGAAAACCUUUUUCAAUGUUACUAAGGUUAAUUUUAAUUCCACACAAGUCCCCCAUCCCAGCCCCAGUUCAAGAAAAAUGGGUUGCGGGGGAGGAAUGUGUCCAACUGAAACCAGUGGGCACCUGGAACCAAUGCCAGUUUCUUUGCCACACGGAUUCUGCACCCUCGUCUUACACUGAGGCGUAGGAUCCGUGCUGUCAAGAAUAAGAGUACUUAGGGCAGGUCGGAAAUUAGCAGCAGUAGCAGUAGCAGUGACUUUUUUUUUUAAUUAAAUUAAAUUAAAUUAAAAAUGACCCAAGAGAGAGCUUGCAACAUUUGACCGUGCCUUCUUUCCUGAGGCCAUGGAGUUUGAGUGGAUUUUAGCAACUGCGCCGCUGUGCGAAAAAGUUCCCACCACCCGCAGUUUGCCUCUCUCUCUGCUAGUGGCAGGGUGAAAAAGGAAUGGGUGCAAGUUCUGAGUUCUGCAACUGAAGCAGAAAUGUGCAUGGCCUCCAUUUCUGGAGGGGGGGCGCGAUGGGCUGCUUUAGGAAACGGACCACUUCAGGCAACGUUCUGCUGGCGUCUGCUGUGGGGAACCCCUCGCUCUCUGCUGCCUGUUCCAGGGACUACAUUCACCAGGAGAUGGAGCGUGGAUUCCAGGGCACCAUAUAUGAGGACUCCGUGGCGCUGGGGCACUUUGCCACUGCCCUCACCGGCCAGGUGGCAAUCAUCGCCCUCUGCGCUCUGCUGCUGAAGCCCGGGCGGGCGACUCUGCUCUGCGCUCCCCUCCUCCCGUUGGCUGCCCGGUUGUGCUGCCUCCCUGCCCAAGCCCUGCCCGCCGUCGGCACUUUCGGCGCGGUCCUCACGGUCCUGGAGCUGCUCUGUGGGGCAGCGGUCUGGCUGGCAGUGCCUUUCCGCGUGGCGGUGGCAGCCUGCCGAGAGAUCUUGCAGGACCCGGAGGUGUAUCACCCGGUGACCCUGGGGGUGUCCCUCUGGAGACGGCUGGCUGUCCCGCUCCUGUUCUCAACCUAUUGGCUCAUCCUGUUCACGCUGCAGAUCUUCACCUUGGUCUCUUCCUCCUCCGGCCACCUUUUAUCCCAGCGGGGGUGGACCUUCAUCUUCCUCAGCAGCGUGGCCGAGUGCUGCAGCACGCCCUACUCGCUCAUCGGACUCACCUUCACCGUCUCCUACCUGGCCCUGGGGCUGCUCCAAUUGGGCAAGCUUUAUUUAGCUGGUUACGGCGCCUUCCAGGAUGGCAACGUGAUGCACAGGGGUGUGACGGAAGGGGCGACUCUGCUGCUGCUCGCCCUCCAGACAGGCCUCUUGGACCUGCAGCUUCUCCAGCGGACCUUCCUGCUCAGCGUCAUCUUCUUCAUCGUGGUGACCUCCACCCUGCAGUCCAUGUUCGAAAUAGCUGAACCUGUCGUGCUGGGGCUGGGGGCGUCGCAGAACAGGAGUUUCUGGAAACACUUCCGUGGGGUGAGCAUGUGCCUGUUCCUCUUGGCCGCCCCUGGCUUCAUGGCCUGUAAGAUUGCCCACUUCUUCCACUUGGACUUCUGGCUCCUCAUCCUCAUCUCCAGCUGCACGCUGACCUCCCUGCAGGUGACGGGGACCCUCUUCAUCUACGGCCUCUUCAUGAUCGAGUUCUUCCAGGACCGCCCAGUGGAGAAGAUGGACGAGAUCAUCUACUGGGUCAAUGCCGCCAGCCGGGUGCUGGAGUUCCUGGUGGCCGUCUGCGUGGUGGCCUAUGGCACUUGGGAGUCCCUCUUGGGGGAGUGGACAUGGAUGGGGGCCUCGGUCAUUAUCAUCCACUGCUACUUCAACGUCUGGCUGAGGGCCCAGUCCGGCUGGAAGAGCUUCCUGCUCCGCCAGGAGGCAGCCAAGAAGAUCGGCUUCUUACCCAGGGCCACCAGCAGGCAGCUGGAGGAGCACGACGACCUGUGUGCCAUCUGCUUCCAGGAGAUGGCCCUCGCCGUGAUCAUGCAGUGUGGCCACUUUUUCCACGAGGGCUGCCUCCGCAAGUGGUUCUACGUCCAAGACACCUGUCCCCUCUGCCACCAGGCGGUUCAAGUCCCAGCUGGCCAGGAAGGCCGUAGAGGUGGGGCUGCACCAGAGGAGACCCCCCUCCCACAGCAUGGAGAGUCCACUGGCCACAGGAGCACAGCAGACUCGGGGGAUGAUGGGACGGGGAAGUCUGGCACGUCCAGCUGGACCGAGCAGCUCAGCCCUUUGCCAGCAGGAUCCACUGGGGAAGAGCCCCAGUUGUGUUGUGGUUUAAGGACUGGACCGCGCCCUUCCCCAGAAAGGGCCACCACAACAGCAGAAAGUGACGAAGCGCCUGUUCUGGAAAGUCUCCUGAAACUCAGCGAGUUGGGAGAGGCUCUUUCUGUGGGGCAGAGCCCUCUCGGGCACGGCCCUCUCCAAGGCGAGCUGAGAUUAUCCAGCACACCAAGAGACACUGGUCCCCCUUGGCCCUCGGCUCCCCCGGGUGCCCUUGCCAACGGACACGAGAAGAGCCCCACGCCAACAAUUGCCAAGUGUUUGACAGCAGCGGGGAGAGAUGCAGAGACCGUGGGUGGGGUCCAGGGGAAACCAGACACCACCCGUCGGCGACCAGACAGCCCCAUGCCCCUCCCUAAGCCUCAGCCUUCGCUCAGUGGUUUUUCCCCCUGAAAAGCCACAUACGCCAUUCGCCUCUCUUCCUGCUUCUGCAGUAGAGUUACCCCAACAGUUGGCUCUUGCCAACCGUCACUCAGGAAGAUCGACUGGCUUUGAAGUCUCGCACCAUGGAGAACCGUGUUCUGGAAUCAGGGAUGCAAAGUUUGGCUCCCAAGUCCGCUGCUGGGUUCGCCUUGUUUUGGCUGUGUUGGGAAGCACGUAGCGAAAUUCGCAGAAUGCAGCAGGCUACCUUCGCCUGGCAUCUCAGCCCCGCAGCCUCCCCCUGGACUUGGGGGGGCUGUGCACCCUGUCCUCACAGUCUGUAGGAUGGGCGGGUGGCUCACCUGGUGUCCAGCGAAGGAUCCUUGUGAAUCUUCCCAGGGGUGACCCAACCUACUGGGGUGACCAGAGCACCCUGCGGGCAUGGAUUCCUCUUCCUCUGCCAGUUGGAUGUUGGGAUGUUGCAUGGCAGAUCUAAGGUCAGGGUCUCUUGAUCUCAGGCUAAAUAAAGAAAGGACAGACAUGGACUUAAUGCACGCCACGAGGCAGAAAAGGAAACCCGCAACAGGGCGGAGGGGAGCUUCUGGAAAAAUAAUGGCACCCUUUACUUGGGGGGAGUAUCUGAACCCCUCCCUUCUCCCCCACCUCUGAUUCAAGAAAGUCCACUUGGAGAAGCACUUUGAGAGAAACCUCAGAUCUUCCAGGGAAUACAAUUAAACUUUUGAGUGCCAAAGUGCCUAAUUUUA